UUAGUAAAGUAUCCGCGGAAGAAGAAAUCCGAAGAGGCAUCACAGUAAUGCGAAGGGUGGUCCAAGGAAGAUCUCGAGGCAUCAUACUAGAUGUCUCUUGGAACAACCAGGGACAACUUAUAGAACCUAAUGGGCAUACCUUAACUAGUUUCAUCGGUGCACUAGUAAGGAAUGAAAUUCCCAUUACAUGUGAUGAUUGGAGAAAUAAAGAGUUGAAAGAGUCCAAAGAAAAAAUUUGGAGUGAGAUAAAGCGAUGUUUUAACAUCGAAGACGAAAGAAGAGGGUUUUGUAUGAAAUUGGCCGGAAAGCUUCUUAGAGGAUUUCGGACAUUUUUAUCAUCCAAGUUCCUUAAGGAUGCGGAUGGUAAUUUUGUGGAUGCGGAGCUUCCUAGAAAAUAUGAAAGUUUGAUAUCGGCUGAAGAAUGGGAAGCUUUCAAAUCCAAAAGACAAGACCCGACUUUUCAAAGAAUAAGUGCUACAAAUCGGGAAAGAGCAUCAAGUCCCGCAUAUCCGUACCGAAAAGGACGUGUCGGAUAUGGACGCUUAGAACAAUCCAUGGUAAGUAUUUAUAAAUUGCGAAAACAAAUUUGUUCAUCAUAUAUUAGUUUUAUCUGAUCAAAUUGUAUGACUUAAUGUGUA